AGAGAGAGAGAGAGAUAACGCAUAUAUAAUAUUAGUGCACAUAUAACAUUAGCAUUUAUAUAGAACAUUAGUAGAUUAUAUAGCAUUAGCGCGUGCAAAGUGGGCGGAGCUUCAGAUGAUGUCAUGGUGGCUUUUGGACCAAAACAUUCCGGGUGAUGGACAAGCCUGACGUCCAAUGAAUACGCGGGAUGGGCGGGGCUUCCAUUGUAUCGCGGCCACGCAUUGGAGUGUCACGUGCUCAGUGCUGCUCGGGGCAGGACAGGGACUCGGCUGCGGGGAUCCGCGCGCGUGCUGCCGUUGUUUUUGUGCCGACGGACGGAGGUGUAUUUUACCGUAGAGCUGAUGAACGGGACUCCGUGCGCUUUGGAUUAACUGUCGGAUGCGUGCGUGCGUGCGUGCGUGUGUGAUGUCGCGCUCUCACUGUGCCGGUGCGCACGGAACUCCACACUAAAGGAGACUUUUUCUUCUUCUCCAUCUUCAUCUUCUUCUUCUUCAGCUCCACGGGUUCCUUCCUCACCGUUAUCGAGUUCAUAAUGAGCUGUUUAAACUUAUCUGGGAUAAAGAACUGACCUCAGUGAGAUCUUUACAGUGCUUGUUUUGGCACGAGCUGCUGAACCAUUAGCUUUAGCCUCUGGAAGAAAACAACUUCGGCACGAGCGCGUUUUAUUCCCAAUGGAAAAGAGUUUGCUUUCGUUGCCCUUUUCGCAUUUUUAAAGAAAAUCAAUGCAAUCUUAAAAAAAAGUGCAUUUUCCCCAGAAAAAAUGGCAAGCCCGUGUACAGAGAAGGCUUGUUUUUCGGAUGUGAGAAAGGUGGGUUAUUUAAGGAAACCCAAAAGCAUGCACAAAAGGUUUUUUGUUCUGCGGACUGCCGGUGAUACCGGACCUUCCAGGUUGGAGUACUACGAGAACGAGAAAAAAUGGAAACAGAAAUCUGGUGCUCCAAAAAGGUCAAUCCCACUCGAGAGUUGCUUCAAUAUUAACAAAAGGGCGGAUUCCAAAAACAAAUACCUCGUGGCUCUGUACACCAAGGACGAAUACUUUGCAGUCGCUGCAGACAACGAGCUGGAGCAGGAUGCAUGGUACCAAGCACUCGUAGACCUCCACAACCGAGGGAAGGUCCACGAAAGCGCAAGGAGCAACGGCGCCGGAGAUGAUAUUUAUGGAGAGACUACACCCGGGCCAGCCUUUAAGGAAGUAUGGCAAGUUAUUCUGAAACCAAAGGGACUCGGACAGACCAAAAACUUAAUCGGCGUUUACAGACUGUGUCUCACAAAUAAGACUUUGGGUUUUGUGAAACUCAAUUCCGACGCAGCGGCGGUUGUUUUGCAGCUAAUGAACAUCCGGAGGUGCGGCCACUCUGAGAAUUUUUUUUUUAUCGAAGUCGGGAGAUCGGCGGUGACGGGACCUGGUGAAUUUUGGAUGCAGGUUGAUGACUCGGUUGUGGCUCAGAACAUGCAUGAGACUAUUUUAGAAGCAAUGAAAGCCAUGAGUGAAGAGUUUCGACCCCGUAGCAAAAGCCAGUCUUCUUCUAACUGCUCCAACCCCAUUUCUGUGCCGGUAAGGACGAGGCAUCAUCACAACAACCCUCCUCCGAGUCAGGUUGGGUUGGGAAGGCGCUUUAGGGCCGAAAGUGUGACGGCGACGUCUCCGGCUGGCCCAGGCAGACACAGCCAAUCGUUCAGAGUCAGGGCAUCCAGCGACGGAGAAGGAACCAUGUCUAGACCAGCGUCGGUCGACGGGAGCCCCAGUAGUCCGAGAUCGUCUAGGCCACAGUCCCAAAGGCACAGAGGUAGAUCCAGACUGCAUCCACCGCUAAACCAUAGCAGGUCUAUCCCCACACCAACAUCACGAUGCUCCCCAUCGGCUGUCAGCCCUGUAAGUCUGUCUUCCAGCAGCACUAGUGGACACGGCUCCACUUGUGAUGGUCUUUUCCCCCGACGCUCCAGUGCCUCAAUAUCAGGGUCACCAAGUGACGGAGGCUUUAUCUCCUCUGAUGAAUAUGGUUCCAGUCCAUGUGAUUUCCGAAGCUCCUUCCGCAGCGUGACCCCUGACUCAUUUGGACAUACCCCUCCUGCCAAGGAAGAGGAAUUGAAUAACUACAUAUGCAUGACCAAGUCUGGUUCACUAACUAGUACUGGGAGCCAGUCGAGAGGAACGCUCUCUCAUAUGGAUGAGCCAGACUUGGAGAAAUGUUUCAGGAAAAGGACUCAUUCUUCUGGCACCCUGUCACCCCAGGCUUCUUGCCACCAAACAACACCUUCACAGUCACCUGUCGUGUCUCUGGAUGAAUAUACAGUAAUGACACCGACAUACAGUAGCAGCCGAUCUGUAUCAUCCUCGUCGCCAUCAAUAUUUCGGAACUUGUCCACAAAUUCCUAUCCCGAAGAAUGCUCGGACAUGCCGACGGCGAAAGGUGGCAGCGAGCCCAGUCACAAAGACGACGGCUACAUGCCGAUGUCACCGGGUGUAGCUCCUGCAGUGGUAACGGGAAACAGCGGAGACUACAUGCCUAUGAGUCCAAAAAGUGUUUCGGCUCCACAGCAGAUUAUCAACCCACGACAGCACUCACGAGUGGACUCCAAUGGCUACAUGAUGAUGUCACCGAGUGGUAGCUGUUCUCCAGAUGUUUCUACAAACUACAGAAAGAUAUGGACCAAUGGCAUAAACCCCACUCUGUCUGUAGAGAGCACAGAGGGGAAAGUGUCCUCAUGUGGAGACUACAUUAACAUGUCUCCUGCUAGCGGCUCAACCACCGGCACGCCGCCGGACUGCUACUUUAAUCCUGUAGACGAGCUUCCCAGGCCUGCGUACGCCUACUACUCUCUGCCGCGUUCCUUCAAACAUGCCAACAGGAAACAGGACCAGAGCCCCUUACGGAAGUCGCUUGGCGGCGGUCGCCUGGUUUGUGCUGACUCUUCCUCAUCUUCAGCUAGCAGUGACAGUUUGGGUGGUCAGUGUAAUUCACAACAACCUUCUGUCAGGCCCAAGAUUUCAGAGGUCAACUCUAGGCUAGCACGCCCAACAAGGCUAGCAUUGGAUGCUAACAGAGCUAGCACUCUUCCACGGAUGCGUGACAGCCCUUUUCCAGGUGAGCCCAAAAGUCCGGGAGAGUACGUCAACAUCGAGUUUAACGACAAAGCGUUUUCGGCGAGCAUAUCGUCACUGUUUUCACCCGCGUUCGCUCUUAACGGAGCUGACGUUCUAUUGGAACCCACUUCUUCCGACUACAUGAACAUGCAGCUGGGUUCACAGAGCUUGCUAUCACCGUCUAGGAAAUCAGCAUCCGAUUCCUCUGGCUACGCCAUUGUCGGUCCCUCAGAAAACAUGGCCUCCUCGCCCCACCUGCCUUCUGAAAAUAUUCGCGAACGUGACUACAUGAGCAUGCAACUGGGCUCCUACUCUACAGCCUUUCCUGACUCCCAGAGGACGCUUCAAAAUACUUUGUUACGAGACCCGGAAGUCUUGCUCUGCUCCGAGUCACAAAAUGUCCUCCCAACAUUAGGUGCAGCUCCAGGGAGGCCUGUGAUUAUCGGUCCUUUGGCAGAUCUCAGUGCCUUUUCCCGGGUAAACCCGACCCUGGGUGCCAAAGUGAUCCGGGUCGACCCGCAAGGCCGAAGGCGGCACAGCUCUGAAACAUUUUCCUCCACAACGACCAAAGGGGCCGUAAGCACAGCCACAGGCUUUCAGUCAGAAGACGUCAAACGCCACAGCUCUGCUUCGUUUGAGAACGUUUGGCUUAAGCCUGUAGAGGCUUCCACCACCAGCACCAACACUGCUACACCUGCUGCUAGCACUACACCUAACGUUGACCCUCAGAACCAAAACGACCUUAACUAUAUCGAUCUGGAUCUGGCGCAGAACCGAGAAACGCUUGUGCAAGAUUGGAGCUCGAGCUUCCAGACCCGGCAGGUGGACCUCAGCGCGGUAGGAGCGGUGGAGGAACCGAGCCCCUACGCCAGUAUAAACUUUCAGAAAGCGGAUGAUACCAGAGGAAACCUCACCUAUAGAGAAGAAUGAAAAGCAGCUACUCCUUCCUGCCCAUCUCUCUCUCUCCCUCUCUCUCUCUCUCUGUAGCUCUCUGUAUCUCUCUCUCUCUCUCUCUCUCUCUGUAUCUCUCUCUCUCUCUCUCUCUCUCUCUCUCUCUGUAGCUCUCUGUAUCUC